UGUCAACGUACACACAAUAGCCCGUCUCUAUCGUACGCCAUUUUAUUUAUUUAUUUAUUUAUUUUUUCCAUUUCUCAUUCCAUUCCUCUCGCAUUUCAAGAAUCAAGAAAACGGCCAUUUUCGCUUUAAUUCUCCGCUUUUUCCGUCAUCGAUUAUUUUCGAGAAAGAAAGAGAAAUCUUCUUUGCAGACGCGCAUUGGAGGGCGAGAAGAUAAUGGAAGAAGAAAUGAUGGAGGAUGGUAAUAACAGUAAUGUUAUGGAUGAGGAAAUGGAAGGGAGUUUUAUGGACAAUGAGAUUGAUUUUGACUACGAGUUCGACGCGGCUCGGUUCUUCGACUUCAGCAGAGCCGAGUCACUGGCCGAGACUCGAUAUGCCGAGCUCUGGUUCCAGUCUGCCGGAAGCUAUCCGCCUUCUCCUUUUGUGGCAAGGUUAGUUCAAAGAGAAGACAUCGCAUUGGAGAGUAUUAAUACCUCCCCAAAACCUAAAGAUGUGGAAAUCAUGAAAUUAUCGGAUAGCAAAACUGAUAUUGAAGCUCACCAAGAAAUUUCUGCUUUAGACAUGAAUUGUGUAGCAUAUGGACAAGGUGAAGUUCAAGAAAAUGAAGGAAAAGAUGGACCAAAUUCCACAAAUUUGCAAGUUAAUAGCGUGCAAAUGUUUCAGAAUCUAUUAGAGAAAUUACCCUCAGGGUUGAACUUUUACAACGAUAUGGUGAAUAAUACUUCAAGUACUAAAACAAAAUUACCAGUGAAGCAAUCGUUCCCAAGGAUCUCAACUCUUAUGAAGCCAACAGUGAGUCAAUUGGCCAAGCAAAAUCGACCUCUCCAAGCUGGUGACUUCAGGUCAAAGAAGUCUUUUGUGGAGGGUCACCCUUGCGGGAUUGAGAAUCAAGCUGCUAAAAGACAAAAGCUUGAGGGAGGUCACCUGCGGAAGGUUCAGGUUGUGGGUGCAGUUCAGCAAACUAGUUUUGUUCAUAAGGCACCUAAGCAGGUUGCUACUGUCAAUGGAAAUAUGAUGCAGGCUAAUUCGAGGAUCACUAUUCCUAGAGAACCUGAUCUUGAAACAGCACAUAGGGCACAAAGAAUAAGGCCAAAAGCUAGAAAAGAAGCUGAGAAUAUGACUUCAGCUAUUCAUGGAUUCAAAGCUCUUCCAUUAAAUAGAAAAAUUCUUGAAGCACCUUCACUGUUGCUUCCGAAAAGAAGCACUCCUCAGUUGCCAGACUUUCAAGAAUUUCAUUUGAAGACUUCAGAGAGGGCUAUGCACCAUUCCUCAGCAGUUUCAACAUCCAUUCUCCCUUGCAGCAGUUCUGAUAAGGCCUUGCAUGAACCUAAUGCGAAUUCAUGCAUGGAAUCCGCAAACGUAGAAUCCAGAAGGUCGAAUCUGAUGGAUGCUUUACGGCCGGAAGGGCUUGAGUCUUCUUAUGGCUUUAAAGCUCUCCCUCUUAAUCAAAAGAUACUGUCAAGCAAAGGAGAUAUUGGAGUUUUCCGAAAUUAUAAGAAGGAAAUUACAGUGCCAAUGGAAUUUAAUUUCCAAACAGAGAAAAGGGUUCAACAUAACCCACCAAUUGAACUCUUAAACAAGCUCUCUCUGGCAUCUAACCAACCAACUGCUGGUUCACAGACAAAAGUGCCAUUGCCAUACAACAGCAUACCUAUUAAGGGUUCAAAAGAGAAUAGAUGGAGUUCCUUCCAGCAAGAACGUGAGAUAAAACUAGUAGUGAAACAAAAACUAACCUCCUUUGGAGGGAAGCAGAUUCCAAGCGGCCCUGAUGGGAGAAAGGAAGCUGGUCCUGUUUCUGGGAUUAACAGGGGUAUGGGCAUUCGCUAAGAGUAAAAAAGCAAUUUUUUCUCAUAUGAUAUUCGUGGUGGCCGUCAACCUUCAACCUCUUCCAUUCUAAUGAAGUUGCAACGUCAAUAUUGGAUAUUGACAAGUACAUAAAACUUCUUAAAACAUCUCGUAUCAGGCUCUUUUGCAUGCAUGCAUACAAGAUAUGAAAGUUCAUCAACUAUGAAGUGUGAAAGUCAAUUUUGUUACAUCCCAAAAUGCUGAUAUUGUCACAGAUUGUUUAUUUGAUUGACAAUAAAACUGUUGUAGGUUAAAGUUGUACAGUCAAUAUACCCGUGUUCCAUAUACAACAAUGAUUAGCUGUGUCGUUACAUAGUUCUGUUCGGCAUCAUUUGCCAACUCUUGGUCAUUGAGAAAUGGUUUUCAUUAUCUUCACCAUCCAA